AUUAAGACCCGUUCACCGGCCACGGAUCUUUGGCCGUUCUCGACGACCCUCACUGGUCGGCUAUUAGGACCGCCACGAACCUCUCCCCCGACGGCCGGCUCCACCUCAGCCACCUCAAGCUGCUCCGCCUCCUCGGCGCGGGGAAUUUGGGGCGGGUCUUCCUCUGCAAAAUUAGGGAUUCCAGCGACGCCGCCUCCGCCCAAUUCGCGCUCAAGGUCGUCGAUCGAGAUACUCUCAGCA